GUUCGGAAGAACGUCGAUUUGUUUGGCGGCGAUCCAAACAAGGUCACUUUAUUCGGGGAAAGCGCUGGCGCAGCUUCCGUGUCGAUGCACUUGUUAAGUCCAAAAAGUGCACCAUAUUUCCAACGAGCUAUCGUCGAGAGUGGUAGUGCUACAGUGCCAUGGGCUCUCGAAUCCAGGCAAGUGGCAAUUGCGCGAUCAGUUGCUUUGUAUGAAGAUAUGCGUUGUGGUAAUAUGUCAAAAGACCCGCAGAACUGGGAUCUCGAGAAGUGGGCACCUGUAAUGGAAUUCGUCGACUUUCCGUGGGUUCCGGUUAUUGAUGGCGACUUUUUGAUCGAGCAGCCGACAACAUCGCUCAAAAACGGCAAUUUCAAAGUAACUCAGCUGUUGGCUGGCUCGAACAGAGAGGAAGCGAUUUACUUCAUUGUCUAUCAAUUGGGGGAUAUUUUCCCGCCGAGUGAUUUCUUUGUGAAGAAGGACUUUGUGAAGAACCGUGAGGAUUGGCUGCGUAGUAUAUCGAAUCUGCUACCUCGUCAAAUGCUGAAAGCGCCAUUGGCACUCGCAUCUAUAAUCCAUGAGUACGAACCGACUGAGCUGCCGAUCAAGCCGUCCGAUUGGCUAAAUGCGCUCGAUAAAAUGCUUGGCGAUUUGCAGUUCACGUGCAAUGUCAACGAGAUUGCUCUUGCCAACAGCAUGAAUGGAGGUGAUACAUAUUACUACUAUUUCACGCACCGUGCGACGCAACAGACAUGGCCCGAGUGGAUGGGAGUACUACAUGGAUACGAGAUCAAUUUCAUAUUUGGCGAACCGCUGAAUACAGAGAGAUUCAAAUACACGAAGGAGGAGCAGGAGCUCAGCUACAGGUUUAUGCGCUACUGGGCCAACUUCGCUCGCACUGGGAAUCCGAAUAAAAAUCCAGAUGGGACUUAUACGGCAGAUGUGUGGCCAAUGUAUACGCAGGCUAGUAUGCAGUAUAUAAAUCUAACUGUUGAAUCAGAUUAUAGCGCAGGCGCUUCUCGGAUUGGAGUUGGACCGCGAAGGAAACAAUGCUCAUUUUGGAAGAAAUUGCUGCCAAACCUGAUGGCUGCUGUUGGUUUGUCUUAUCAUCAAACACUACAUCACUUAUCGGCUGCCGGCUAUCAGGAACUAAUCAGCUUGAUGAUACGGCCGUGGACUGCGUUUGCAACCCACUGCUCAUCUUUUGAUGGAUGA